AUGGGUCGACCAAAGGGAAAGAAUAGAAAAAGGAAGAAUUUAUCUGAGGAGCCAGAAUUUAUUGGGACAGUAUAUCCGGAAAGUAUGCAUGAUGGAGGAGAAGACAAUGCAGCCGGAAAUGAUCAACCUGAUGAAGUUAUGAACGAGGCUGUGCAGACGCAGAUUAAUGAUGAGACGCAGAGUCCAGAACAUAGAGUGUGCUCUCAGGAACCAGAUCUGAAUGAUGGAUUACCGAAUGUUGAUGAGGAUGCAUUCAAUGAACAUGCAUUCAUGAAUGAUGAAACGCCGGCGCCUGAAUCAGAAGGGACUACAGCUCCAAACAAGCCUAAGCGAUCUAGAGGUCCAACAAGGAUGAAAGACAUCGCAAGAGAUCCUAACAGUCGCAUAAAGGUUGAAUUCAAUAGCAUGGGAGAACCGUAUGGAUCAGGAUCGGUUAAGCUGUCAUCUUACCUUGGGCCCUUGGUGCGUGAACACGUCCCUGUCAUUAUUGAAGAUUGGAGGAAGAUUGGUGAAGAACGUAGAACAGUUCUAUGGAAAUCUGUACAGGCAAGGUUCGAAUUAGAUGAGGAGUAUCACAAGAUGGCUGUCAUCAAGCAAAUGGGUUGUAUAUGGAGGGCCUCAAAGUCGAGGCUAGUCAGCCAGAUCAAGAGUUGUAAGAAUAACGCAGAAAGAUUGAAGCUUCGCCCAAAGAAUAUUCCACCGGCAGAAUGGCGCAAAUUUGUGAAGGCUAAAACUAGUGCAGCAUUUGAGGAACUAAGUGACACAUAUAAAGAAAGAAGGCGAAACCAGAUUCCUCAUACUUGCAGUCGAAAGGGGAUGGUCAGACUGGCUGAAGAGAUGAAAAAAGAGAGCUCUGAACCGUCUGAAGUAACUAGACUACAGGUAUGGGUUAAGUCUCGAACAAAGAAGGAUGGCACUGCAGUCAAUACAAAUGCAGCCGAGAAGAUCAAAAAGGCAGCUGAACUUGUUGAAACGGUUUCUCCCUCUUCGACGUCCACAAAUCCCAAAGAAGAUCUCCUUUCUCAGCUAUUUGGGCCUGAUAAUCCCGGCCGUUUGAGAGCGAUGGGUAGAGGGAUGAGUCAAACCAAGUUAGCAUGCUUCCAGAUGAAAAGCAAAUUUAUGGAUGGUAUGAAACGAGAUCAACUAAGAUUGAUUCAGCAGGUCCAUGAUUUAGAGGAAGCACUGUCAAAAAUACGGAACCAGAAACAAAAAGCUGAAGUCGGAGAGAAUUCUGCGCCAAGAAGUGUCAACAUGAAAUUACAAAUGAAGUGUCUGUUAUUCGACUGGGCUGGAACGGAUGAAAAAGUUGGUGAAGGACGUAUUUUGUCUGAAGAGCCUGAGGAAUUUGUCAACAUUAUACCCUUAGGCCCAAACUCGUACAAAAUUUUGGUGGAAACAGCGAUUAAGCCAGAAGCUUAUCUUUGGAGACCUGCUCGCAACGUCUUUAAUAUGGAGCAAGCAGUUGGAGAGAUGAUUGCAUGGCCUCAAAAUUUUGUGGUUCCCUUUAGCAGCGGAUGUGAACCAGAAGACAUUACGCCUCUGCUCUCGGAACUUCUGCAAGCUGCUUGA